CUGUUCGAUUAAUUGGGUGAAAUGGGCUGUCAAAAGUUAGCAAUCGUUUUGGCGAUAAGUUUUUCAUGGAUUUCUCUGGCCCAUUUUGACAACCAUCAGCAAACAGUACGCGGUGAAACAAACAGAAUUGUUAAACGUUCUCCAUUAAAUCACCAAGACAUCCAUGCCUCCGCGCGCAGUGCUGUUACUAAUGUUUUUACCGAUCCAAAUCAACCUUGCUACAAACAGUUCUUUGUUGGUAACACACCACCAAUUGGUCUGCGACCUCUUCCGACACCUUUGCCAGCCAAUUACAGUAUUAUGAGGUAUAUUUGUCAGCAAAUUCCAACGGCGACCGCAUCACCGACGCCAGUCACGUACUAUGCAACCAUGUUUGAUGAAAACUAUGGAAUCGCCGUCUACUCAGCUUACUACGUUAAUAAGCGCAACAUGGACAAUUUAAUCGCCAACAAAUUUGGUAGAGAAGAACAGACAUGGCGCACCCAGCCAGGCAUAACAAAGCAAGGGACCGACGCCGUGUACCAAACCGCGGGCAAAUCAACCUAUGACAAAGGUCACCUUCUACCAGCAAACAUUUAUUCAUUCAGCGCUGAACAUGUCACGUCAACUUUUUCCUACACAAACGCAGUUCCACAAGUUGGAAAGUUUAAUAAAGGCGAAUGGAAGCAAUAUGAGGGCAAAAUUUUGGAUUUUGCUAUAGAUAUUUGCACGCAACGUUCUGAUGCCGUCCUGUAUCUAAUCACAGGCACCACGAUCGAAAUUCGUUACGAGGGUAAUAACACCCUCACGCCGAUGAACAAAACUUUAAAAGGAAAGAGCAAAGUAGGUAUUCAAGUUCCUGGAUCGAUGUGGACGGCAGGGUGUUGCUUAGCAGGCGCGUCAACAGGCAAAGUUUCUGUCACAAGUAACUUCGCAGUCAUUGGUGGUAACCUUGGUUCAUUGCGAAUGGCUGAACUAAGCGUCGGCGCCCUCCAGAAUAUCCUAAUAAAGGAUCCUCCUAAUAAAGGAGUCACCGCAGGUGCUGUUAACUUGUUCCCAGGAAACAAGGAUUGCUCCAACCCGGCAAAAAUGGUUAACUUAAAAAAAACCAAAGCUGGUGCGCCAACUGGGGGUACACCAGCUAAAGUAAAGAAACCUUCACCGUCAUCAUCGACGAUGACUAGUAACUUAAAAACACAACAAGGGGUUUAUAACUUAUAG